AUGUGUUACAAAUGGCUUUGCCACGCAUGCAGGCAGGACAAGUACGACUACUGCGUUGAAUACAUACAAUCCGGCCGCAACUGGUGCAAGGUCACCGUCGAAGACCCGUGGGGCGGAUGGAACCGAAACUGCCACACCUGCGAACUGAUGAGGGGGGUCAUCGCCAAGCUCAACGCGCUGGUGACGUUUGAACCAUGGCUGCUCACCGAGGGCAUGUGCGGCGCGCCAAAGAAGGCAGCCUGGGAGAUCGAGGCGGAGAAGCGGCCAGAGUACGACAGCGAGGGCGAGGACUCGGACGGCUGGACCAGAACCCAGCGCAAGGAGAUCCGCGACAAGGCCCAAGAGGCGAUGGAGAAGCGGUGGCAGGAACUGAAAAAGGCCCAGAGCGAGAAGGAGGGCAACGUUGUCGUCGUCGCCGAGGAGGUCACCGUCACCCCGUGA